UUAAUACAACGCGCAUCACGCCAAGCAAGUCGAAGGCACCCGAAGCCCGCUAUGGCGUCUGGUCAGCGCGCGUUUGUUCAGAAACUGAGCAAACAAGCGAACGCCGAUGUCAGACGCCAGAUCGCAAGUAGCGCAACGGAGAGAGACUUCGCCCAUGGACACGACGGAGCGCAGGGCAGUGUUCCUCUCACCGAUGUUGUUGAGCCCUUGGACUUUGAGGAGUUCCUCCAACAGCACCAGGACUUGUCUGAUCGGGAUGCCAUCAGUGACUUGCUAGACUUUCCCCCUGACGACGUAGAAGUUGGUAUCCUACCGAGGAAAUGUCGAACCAUAGAACCCAUCGUGCCAGAAGAAAACCCGGAGGAUCUGGACUUUCACAUGAGGCAAUGCCUGCACACUUACACCUCGGAUUGGGUGGUGGUGAGCCGGUGCUACCAGGGCCACAGUUCCAGUGUCAUCGCCAGGGAUGCGGCACUGGAGAGGGCGGCCGUCGUGCGCACCACGCAGAAGCAGGAGUUCGAGGUGGACGUCUGCGACGAGUUGUCCCGCCAUUCGCAGCAGUCCUCUCUGAGUCAUGGGGAAGACAUUCCACCUUCACCAGCAGAGAGCAUUUCUUCGGUUGAAUUCCGGUGUGCCAGCGCUGCUGAAACUCCACGAGGAAGUUGGGCGAGCAGCGUCUUUGACCUGCGCAACUCGGCAGCCGAUCCACUGGUGCCAGCCCUGCUUGAACGUACACCGCCCGAAGAACUAGACCGCCGGAAUGCAGCUCAGCGUCUCGAAAGACGCCAUGAUGCCCUCUUUGAGUUGUACCCUCUCCAAGAUGAGGAGGAGAUCAUUGAAAGACGUUUGCCUGCGGAGCCACAACGUGAACAUAUGGCUCACCGGAUUCUGGUUCGAUGCCUGGCUCUCAAACUGGAGCUGGAGGUCGAGCCAAUCUUUGGCAGCAUGGCCAUUUAUGAUGCCAAAGAAAAGAAAAAGGUGUCGGAGAACUUUUACUUCGACAUGAACUCUGAACCUAUGAAGAGGAUGCUCUCCGACCACAUUCCUUACCAUGACAUCUCGACGCUCUGUCGAUCAUGCAUCUUCAACAUCACGUACCCAUCUACUGACUUGUUUCUAGUCAUCAAACUCGAGAAAGUCCUUCAGGGAGAUAUCAACGAAUGCGCAGAGCCCUACAUGAAAGAUGAAAAGAACAAGGACAAGGUUCGCGCCAAUGCUGUGGCAACAUGCAAGCGUCUUGGCAAAUAUCGCAUGCCAUUUGCCUGGACAGCAGUCUAUCUGCUCAACGUGCUCACGGGGGUCAACAGCCUCGACAAGGACAGCGGCAGCGAUCGAGACAGCAUUGGCUCGAACAACACCUUGGGCCGUCGUGGUUCGCUGGAACGACGGGCCGGAUCUGAAAAGCGCCGUAGCUGGUCCCCCGACGACUUUGCCAACAGUCUCGACACUUUUCGCCCAGUUACUCUCACCGUGUCAAGCUUUUUCAAGCAGGAAAGUGAUAGGCUGAGAGAUGAAGAUCUCUACAAGUUCCUCAUAGAUCUCAAGCGGUCAGGCUCAAUGCUGAAAAGACUGAAAAGUAUCCCAGGCACUCUGCGCCUGGACAUAUCGCCAUGUGCGGAGGAGGUGCGGUACUGCCUAAGUCCCGAGCUGGCGCGCCUUCAUCCGUAUCCCGACGAGAAGGGCCGCCCGACGAAGGAGAUGUUGGAGUUUCCCUUGCGCGAUGUCCUCAAGCCAGAGUACCUCUACCGGAACCUCCUCUACAUCUACCCACGCUCGCUCAACUUUGCCGGCCGGCCGGGCUCUGCGCGCAACAUUGCUUGCCGCGUGCAGCUUCUCUGCGGAGAGGAUGAAAUCACUUGUGCUCUUCCUGUGCUCUUUGGUAAAUCCAGCUGUCCUGAAUUUGUGACUGAAGUAUACACAAUGGUGACAUAUCAUAACAAAUCUCCAGAUUUUCACGAUGAGAUCAAGGUGAAAUUGCCAGCCAAGCUGUCCGAUCGACACCACCUGUUCUUCACUUUUUACCACAUAAGCUGUCAGCGCAAAGUGGAGCAGACUAUGCCAACGGAAACUCCCAUUGGCUACACUUGGCUGCCACUGUACCAUGAUGGACAGCUUCAAAUGGGAGACCAGUUGCUACCAGUGAUGCUGGACCACCCUCCAGCCAGCUACUCGUUCCUCACGCCUAGCAUACAGAUUCCCAACACCAAGUGGGUCGACAAUCACAAGGGCCUUUUUGACAUUUUCUUGCAGCCUGUCUCCACCGUCCACCCUCAGGACGAGCACCUAGACCGGUUCUUUCAGCUCUGCACGGCUGUCGAGUGUGGCCACGUGCCGCAGCGUCUUCUCAACGGUGAGACGGCAGAGACAAUGCUCCGAGCUAGCCUGAUGGAACUUGUGAAAUGCAAACCGGGCCCGCUCGUUCGUUUUCUGCCCACCAUUCUGGAUGCACUUGUCCGGCUUCUAGUGCAGCCGCCCCGGCUCGGCGGCCAGCCAUUCAACCUAGGGCAGGCUGCAUUCCAUGCGCUGGCUGCUGUUGCCGAUUCAGUGGUGAAGCUUUUGGACGAUCGCAACGACAUUCAUGGAAGGAAUGCCUUGCUGGCCACUUACAUCCAGUACCAAUGCACCUUGCCACAUCCCGAGCUGUACCUGCCGUCACCUACCAAUGACGAACCCUCGCCUCCUUUUCCUGGAGUGGCAUGCAGCCCAGCAGGGCAUCCUGCAUGUUCUGUGCCUCUUUCGAAAUCCUCCCACGGUCGCAGCAGCAGCAACCCAGACCUUGCCAGCUCGAGUGCUUCAGCUUUGGCACACAUAGAGUCGGACUCGGACAUGAGCACGGUUGUGGCGCGGCCACUGGACCGCACGGCCAGCAUGCGGCCUGCCAACGGGACGGCCUCGUCUCCCCUGAGGUCGCCUCCGCCGCGGAAGUUGGUCCACGAGGAGCUUGUUCUUCAGUGGGUGGUGUCCAGUGGAGCAGCGCGAGAGCUGGCACUGAACAAUACGUGGUUUCUGUUGGAGCUUGUGAUCAAGAGCAUGACUCAGCACCUCGCCGCCACAGGUCGACUUCAGGCGCCACGCCGGGCCAGGUUCAGCACUCGCUUUGUGGAUGAUGUCACAACCUUGGUGACCUCAUUGACAUCUGACGUUAUUAGCCGCUGCCACCGAGAGGUGCGGGAUUUCCGGAAUGUGCAGAACCUUAACAACAGCCUGGCCUUUUUCUUACACGACUUGCUGUCCAUCAUGGAUCGAGGAUAUGUCUUCAAGCUGAUCAAGGCCUUCUGCAAGCAAGUCUCGGCCAAGAUCCAGUCCCUGCCUGAUGCAAGCAGCUUGGCAUCACUGAAGUUGGACUUCCUGCGUGUGCUAUGUAGUCACGAGCACUUUGUGACCCUCAACCUACCCUUUGCGACUCCGCUCACCCCUUCGCCACCGACAUCACCUUGCCCCAGCAUUGCAUCGUCCCAGGGCUCGGUCGUGUCCAGCUCCACUCUCACCGACCGUGGCAGUGCUUUUGCCGAGCUUUCACCCGAGUUCCGCCAGCAGCACUUUCUCGUGGGCCUGGUCCUGGCUGACCUUGCAACGACCUUGCAGAUCCGUUUUGCAGAAGGUGCGGAGGUGAAUUCCAAACACCGCCCACCGUCCAUUCAUCAAGCAGUUGCCAUGGCGAUUGCUGGUUCAACUGUGCCGUGGAGGGAUAACCCUGAGCACGCCAGUGCCUAUGCUCAAGGUCAGCAGAGCGUGCUGAAAGAGGAAGCCACCCGGCACCUGCUGGUCUGUUUCCUGUGGGUGCUCAAGAAUGCCGACCACCGCACGCUGCGCACAUGGUGGGCCGACUGGCCUCUUCACCGCCUGCAGCACCUGCUUGACGUACUUUACAUCUGCGUCUCUUGCUUCGAGUACAAGGGAAAGAAGACGAUGCGUAAGUUUGCCCAGCAGACCCUGAGAAAGACUUCGGACAUCAAGUCCAAGUUAGAAGAUGCCAUCCUGGGUCAUUCUAGUGCACGCAGUGAGAUGAUGAUGCGUCGCCGUGGCAACAACGCCGGUGCAGCUGGAGCAGAACGUGGUAGUGGAUCACAGACACCAACACAACAGGGUGACCGACUGAGGUGGCGCAAAGACCUGACACAGUGGCGUCAUGGCUCUGAAAGUUUUGACAGACCCAAGGUAGAAGUUGAAAUGGACGCCCACAUUGAAGGGAACCUGUCCACUGAAGUGACAGCAACGAUCCUUGAUGUCCUCGAGUUGAUCAUACAGGUGGUGUCUCAGUCGGAUGCACAACAGAGCGUGCUGGGCACCGUGCUCCGUGUCCUGUUGCAUGCCCUGGACUGCAACCAAAGCACUCUGGUGCUUCAGAACCUGUUCGCGACACAGCGGUCACUUGUCUUCAAGUUUCCUGAACUUCUGUUUGAGGAAGAAACGGAGCAGUGCGCUGACCUGUGCCUGCUUCUCCUGAGGCAUUGCAGCUCCUGCAUCAGCAGUGUCCGGUCUCAGGCCUCAGCUUCCCUCUACCUCCUCAUGCGCCAGAACUUUGAGAUUGGAAAUAACUUCGCAAGAGUGAAGAUGCAAGUGACAAUGUCACUGAGCUCACUCGUUGGGACAAGCCAGACAUUUAAUGAAGAAUUUCUGCGCAAGUCGCUCAAGACUAUCCUCGUCUAUGCCGAAGAGGAUGUGGAGCUGCAGGAGACUACGUUCCCGGAGCAGGUUCGGGACCUGGUAUUCAACCUGCACAUGAUACUGUCAGACACUGUGAAGAUGAAGGAGUUUCAGGAGGACCCCGAGAUGUUGCUCGACCUCAUGUACCGCAUCGCAAAGGGCUACCAGAACUCGCCCGACCUGCGCCUCACCUGGCUCGCAAAUAUGGCACAGAAGCACACCGAGAGGGGCAACCAUGCGGAGGCAGCACACUGCCUUGUCCACUCGGCAGCCCUAGUAGCGGAGUACCUGCACAUGCUGGAGUACAAGCCACACCUGCCUAUAGGGUGUGUUUCCUUUGAGAAUGUGUCCCAAAACAUCCUGGAAGAAAGCGCAGUGUCCGACGAUGUGUUGUCCCCAGACGAAGAAGGAAUGUGCACUGGGAAGUACUUCACCGAGAACGGGCUUGUUGGUCUGCUGGAGCAGGCAGCCAACUCCUUUUCCUUGGCUGGCAUGUAUGAAGCAACAAACGAGGUCUACAAGAUCCUGAUACCCAUUGCGGAAGCACAGCGCGACUACAAGAAGCUUGCCAACAUUCAUAGCAAGCUACAUGAAGCCUUCACCAAAGUUGACCAGCAGGCUGGCAAGAGAGUGUUUGGCACAUACUUUCGAGUGGGUUUCUAUGGCCCACGGUUUGGAGAUCUGGAUGGGGAGGAAUUUAUCUACAAGGAACCCACACUUACCAAGCUGCCUGAAAUUUCGCACAGACUAGAGAACUUUUAUUCGGAGCGGUUUGGCUCCGACUACGUAGAGGUCAUCAAGGAUUCAAACAUGGUGGAUGUUUCAAGGCUUCAUCCAGAAAAGGCGUACAUCCAGAUAACCUAUGUGGAGCCCUACUUUGACAUGUACGAAUUACGGGAACGAGUGACGUACUUUGACAAAAACUACAACAUCAGACGUUUUGUGUAUGCCACACCGUUUACGGCUGAUGGUCGAGCCCACGGUGACCUCCAUGAGCAGUUCAAGCGGAAAACUAUUGUAACCACAGCAAACUCUUUUCCAUACGUAAAGACGCGCAUCCAAGUCAUUGAGAGGACACAGAUGGUUCUUCGGCCGAUCGAAGUGGCCAUCGAGGACAUUCAGAAAAAGACGGCAGAGCUGUCACGGGCGACGCAACAGGAACCAGCCGAUCCCAAGAUCCUGCAGAUGGUGCUGCAGGGCUGCAUGGGUACCACCGUUAACCAGGGACCUCUUGAGGUGGCACUCGUCUUUCUCGCCGAUCUUGUCGACCCGACGCGAGUGCCCACACCGUUGCAGCACAAGUUGAGGCUCUGUUUUCGGGAUUUCAGCCGCAAGUGCUUUGAGGCACUAAGGAAAAACAGGACCUUGAUUGGACCUGACCAGCGAGACUACCAGAAGGAACUGGAGCGCAACUACAAUCGUUUCAGUGAACGGUUACAGCCCAUGAUACGUAACAACAGUGUUUCUCCAUUUUGGGCAAAAGGAAACUUAAUGCGCCAACCGUUGCAAGAGCCCUGAAGCGCCGUGGGGUUGGCGCUCCUGCAAGGAAGUAACGCAUGGGAGUAGUACAAGCCUAGCUUUUAUUUUGUUCAUUGCGAACAUUUAUUCAAAGUCAUUGCAGACACAAAAGCGUUGCAUUUGAAUAGCCCAAGGUAAGAGUUAUCUUUCAGAGUAGCUUCUUGUGUAAAACGUGAGCUCUUGUCGCAUGUCUACUUUACGGAGCACAUUCAGCUGUAUGGUCAAAUGUGUGCCUUGUGGAAUGUUGUAUUAUUUAUGCACACAAGCAGCAGUAUGAUUACUGUGAUUGAACAGUAUUCCCUGUGAUCUCUGGCACAACCAAAUGAUGUCGUAUGGUGUGCAGAUAGUAUUUUAAUUUCAGUGAACAAGUUACUUGUGUCAUGGUCCUCUCAUUUACAUAGAAUGUAGGCAGUCAUGCCGAAAUGCCAAAUUUUAAGUCGGCCAGGUUAUUUUAUUGCUCAUCUUUUGUUUGUAGUGGUGUCUGUCCUUCACUGUCUGCGUUUCACAUUGUUCAGCUUUGUUUGGGACCACUAGGUGGACUACUUAAGGAAAUCAACUGCAAGAAGUGAAAAGCACUGCCGCAGUUAGAUUUGCAUUGCUUCAGGAACACUAGUUCAUUUACAAAACUUCUGCGGUCUACAUUAACCGAACUGCGGGUACUGACUGACUUAGCUGCGGGUGCUUGGAAACAGUGCUAACAAGAAGACCAAGCCAUUUACACGUUAGAUUGUGUUGCUUCGUCCACUUUGACCUAAAGCAGUGGUAUUCCAGCUUCAAGCUUUGACGCUCAGUACUCUGUAAUGUGCCCUAAGACACUGCAUUUAGUCCUGAUUUGGCUUACAUUUAAGUUUACCUAUAAUGAGAACAAUGUGUUCAUAUUUGACCGGUUUAGGCUUUCAUUUUUUUAUUGAGACUCAUUGUACAUAUAUAUAUAUACACACACAUUUCUGUCUUGAAAGUGUUUGCUUCACUGUGUUCAUGAAUUUUAUGGCAAAGUAAUAAAAAAAAAGAAAGAAA